GCAGCUGCACCCAGCAGCACUUGAGCAGAGGCAGAGGUUUUGACUUCAUGACUCAGUCAACAGCGUUGGUGUCAAGCCUGCUCAACCCCUUUAUGAGAACGCAGGGUUGUGAUGCUGCAAGCCUGAGCCCUCCUGAGGGAAGCAUGCAAGCUGCAGAAUCAGACUCGGAAAGUAGUGGAAGGGAUGAUCAUGGCGCAACAGGUGGAGCCUUCGGGAGGACUCGGUCUGCGAGGCGCAGAUGUGACUCUGGCAUGGAAGCUGUCCCCAAAGCAGUGGUUGAUGUCUGGGACAUGCUUGCUCGUGAAGGCCUGCAUGCCGAUCUUCUGAUUCAAACAGAUGACAAUGGAGGAGUGAUUGCCGUUCACCGAGCAGUGCUGGUCGCAAACUCUUCUGUCCUUAAAUCCCUUCUUCAAAGACUUGGUGCAGGCAGCAACAAGACCCCGAAGAUUGCUCUGAAAGGAGCCCCGUCAUCUGCCAUAAAGGCAUUCAUAAGGUUUCUUUAUUGUGGAAGGUAUGACAAGGCUGAUAUGCCCCAGUAUGUGAUCCACCUUCUCUCUCUUGCUUACAAGUACAAGGUAACACAUCUUAAGAAGGUUUGCAUUCAGGAACUGGAGAGUGGACUUCUGAGCACGGAAAAUGUGAUAGAUGUGCUUUUAUGCUCUCAGCUAUUUCAGAUGCGCAAUCUCUACCGUCGAUGUGAGGAGUUUGUUCUCAGUCACUUUUCAGAGAUUGAAAAAUCGGAUGGCUGGAAGGUGCUGAUGGAAACUGACAGAGAGCUGGCCCAAGAGCUCCGGUGUAAGCACAUAGAGCGAUUAAUGGCGCGGUCAUGUGGGGCAGAGCAUUGCCAAAGCAAACAAUCGGGAGACUGGCAUGGCCUAAAGAAUUUAGAAACCGACAGGACCACUGUUCAGAGACCAGGUGAUGGAGCAGGAGGUGCCUUCGUUGAUCACCCUCAGAUCCAGAAUGUGAUGACAGAUGAUCAGGGUCCCUGUGGACGCCUCUCUGAAGCAGGGAGGUGUUGCAGCCCCUUUGGCAAGGAAGGAAUGGCCAGAUCGGGACUGGUCGAGGCACAGUCCCAGAUUGAGCCACAUAGUAAUACAGGAACGGUGGAAAACCAUAUAGCCGACGACAAGCGUGUCAACAUGAUGAGAGCUGCAGAAGUUUGCUCAGGGGGUGUGACAUCGUGCAGGAUAGUUGGGAUGACUGGAAGUGAGAUGGAGCAGGAAGCACCGAAAGAUGUAGAAACAGUGGAAAGAUCUGGGAUGGAGAGGGACCAGAAAAAGGGCGAUUCUGUACAUGAUAUCCUUGCAGUGGGAGUUCGUUCAUCUUGGGUAGAGGACGCAAGUCUUGCCACCUCAGAUUCAUUGCUCCCAUGUGCACUCGAAAGAAUGAAAGGAUCAGGCACAGAUGCGAUGCAGGCACAAGAAAUGUGCGCUCAUGCAAGGGUGGAAGAGGGGUUGUGUACACAAGAGAGGCACGGUGUGUCGUCGGAAAAGGAGCGUGUCAUGCAAAUCCCGGUCGGGCUCAUGACCUGUUCCAGAGAGCAGGUCAUAGCCAUCAAGGUGGUCACAGGAGGCGAAGCCCUCAGGGACGCUGGAGGCUUCUGUGCCACUAUCCCCUCAUUGCCAGUUAUCUCCGCCCUUGCAGACUACGAGUCCUGUGAGAGCGGCAGAAUUGGAUUCAGAGUCUUUGUCACUAUGCCACAGUUCCCUCAAGCACGCUCGUCGGUUUUCAUCAUCAAUGCGAGUGUCGACGGGGAACCUCCUCUUUCCCUUGCCAUCCACGAAUCUGGGAACAUCUAGAUCAUUCAAUCACCGUUCUUCAUUUCAGCAUACUUCAGAAUGUGGCUCGCCUACUUCGGACUCCCUCUUGCCCUGUGCCUUAGGAUCCCCAGUA